CCGACAGUGAACGUGACGCUUAUUGUCUUCUCAUUGCAUGUCUAAAAAGGGUACUAGGAUACGAUAUAGUAUAUAACCGCGAUCAAGUUCACACCGAGACCUAGAAAGGCCUGCACUGAUUUCGCGACUUGUCACUUCCAUACUCCUUCUCCUUUCCUCCCUUUCGUUCCCCUUCCUCUAAACCAUGGUCCACCUCCGUCAAAGCAGCGCCGUCGCGCUGCUGCUGGCUGGCUGGCACGUCGCUACCUCCAGUGCGGCGGGCAUCCCCCUCAACCGGCGCGAGGACGCCUCCAUCGGCGAUUUCUCCUACAUCAAGAAAAUCGCCUCUAUCGGUGACUCCUACAGCUCGGGCGUUGGUGCAGGCUCCGUACUCAAGGGCAAGGAUGACGAAAAAUGCUCACGAUACGAUGAGUCGUAUCCCAGUUUUUUGAACGAGGAUGCUCGCAUGGGCGGUGCUGACGCCCACGAGUUCACCUACCUCGGGUGUCUGGGCGACAAGACGCCCGAAAUCAAGGAGCAGGCCAAGAAGCUGGGGGGCGAUAUGGAUCUGAUCACCAUCUCUGGCGGUGGUAACGACCUGGGGUUCUCCAACAUUGUCCAAGGGUGUAUCUACCAGUGGGCAGUCUACAGUAAAUGCGACGACGCACUUCAGAAGGCCGAAGAUGUGCUAGGCAGCAGCUCUCUAGAUUCAAGCGUCAACGCCAUCCUCGACGAGGCCAAGAGCCACCUCUCAUCAAAGGGCUCGAUCUACUGGACGGGUUACGCAACCUUCUUCAACGCCGACACAUCAGCCUGCGACAAAAUCAAGUGGAACCUCCUUCCGGAGCUCAACCCGCAGUACCUCACGCAGGACUUCCGCCACAAAGUCAACAAGCUCGUCCUGGACCUCAACAGCAAGCUCAAGAAACUCGUCACCGACGCAGGCGCCACCUUCGUCGACUACGAGCAGCACUCGCAAGACUGGUUCGGCCGGUUCUGCGAUGAAGGCGUCGACGAGUCCCAGGUGUACGACGAAAAGAAUUUCGACCGCACUCGCUGGAACGACAUGUUUUAUCAGAUGAAGUGGACCGAGGGCGAUCUGAAGAAGCGCGGCAUCGAGAUGAAGCGGAAGCGCUCCCCCAAGUCCGACGACACCAUGGACGACUACCAGCCCAUGAAGGGGGACUUCGAACUCGUCGAGCGCAUGGGCAUCCCAGAUAGCAUUUCUAAGGUCUUCCAUCCUACGUCUAUGACGCACGAGUUUAUCUCCAAUGUCAUCUUUGCCCUCAUGACGGAAAAGCAGGCCAAGGAUCAUGGUGUUGAUGCGAGUCUAGAGACUCCGUCUAUUGAUGAUACCGAGAGUUGCUCUGCUUAGAGAAUUAAUUGAUUGAUUGAUGAUGCGUUUCACCUGGUGAUAUGUUGGAGCUAUUUAUCUUUUUUUUUUUUUAGACAGAAAAAGAGACUGCCCUUUGUAAAGUCUAGCUACACUAUUUUUAUGGGUCAAUUUUC